GUGGUACGUCUGUGCCAAAACCCCAAGCUGGCCCUGAAGAACAGCCCUCCCUACAUCCUGGACCUGCUGCCCGACACCUACCAGCACCUGCGCACCAUCCUGUCCCGCUACGAGGGCAAGAUGGAGACCCUGGGCGACAACGAGUACUUCAGGGUCUUCAUGGAGAACCUGAUGAAGAAAACCAAGCAGACCAUCAGCCUCUUCAAGGAAGGGAAGGAGAGGAUGUACGAGGAGAACUCCCAGCCUAGGAGGAACCUGACCAAACUGUCCCUGAUAUUCAGCCACAUGCUGGCAGAACUCAAAGGGAUUUUCCCCAGUGGCCUCUUCCAGGGGGACACGUUCCGUAUCACCAAGGCAGAUGCUGCAGAAUUUUGGAGAAAGGCUUUUGGUGAAAAGACCAUUGUUCCUUGGAAGAGUUUUCGGCAGGCCCUGCACGAGGUGCAUCCCAUCAGCUCUGGCCUGGAGGCCAUGGCCCUCAAAUCAACCAUUGACCUGACCUGCAAUGAUUACAUCUCAGUGUUUGAGUUUGACAUCUUCACACGCCUCUUCCAGCCCUGGUCAUCUUUGCUGAGGAACUGGAACAGCCUGGCAGUGACUCACCCUGGCUAUAUGGCAUUCCUCACCUAUGACGAGGUGAAGGCCAGACUGCAGAAAUUCAUUCACAAACCUGGCAGUUACAUUUUCCGACUGAGCUGUACCCGCCUGGGUCAGUGGGCCAUCGGCUACGUCACUGCAGAUGGGAACAUCCUCCAGACAAUCCCCCACAACAAACCUCUUUUCCAAGCACUCAUUGACGGCUUCAGGGAAGGCUUUUAUUUAUUUCCUGAUGGCCGGAAUCAGAAUCCUGACUUGACUGGCUUGUGCGAGCCCACACCUCAGGACCACAUUAAAGUUACACAGGAACAAUAUGAGCUGUACUGUGAGAUGGGCUCCACGUUCCAGCUGUGUAAAAUCUGUGCUGAGAACGACAAGGACGUGAAGAUUGAACCUUGUGGGCACCUGAUGUGCACCUCGUGUCUCACAGCCUGGCAGGAAUCCGAGGGCCAGGGCUGUCCCUUCUGUCGCUGUGAGAUCAAAGGCACCGAGCCCAUCGUGGUGGAUCCCUUCGAUCCCAGAGGAGGAGGAGGAUUGUCCAGGCAAGGGGCAGAAGGAACCCCCUCUCCCAAUUAUGAUGAUGAUGAUGAUGACAAAGCUGAUGAUUCCCUCUUCAUGAUGAAAGAACUCGCUGGUACCAAAAGCUCCACCAGUGGUCCAGCAGCAACCUCAGAGUGUGAGCACCCCAAAAUCAAACCCUCCUCAUCUGCCAAUGCCAUCUACUCCUUAGCUGCCAGACCACUGCCUGUACCAAAACUGCCUCCUGGGGAGCAGUCUGAGAGCGAUGAGGACACGGAAUACAUGUCACCAUCCUCUCUGCCUGUGGUGCCUCCAGGUCCUGCUGUGCAAAAACCAGAGCUCAAAAUGCCUUUGGAAAUGACUCAGAGUUUACGAGUUCUGGACUGUGACCAGCAGCCCGAGGGCUCCAUGUAUGAAGCAAUGUACAACAUUCACUCCCAAGCAGCAUCCUCUGCUUUCGAGGCUGUCAACACUUCUGAUGAAGGGAACGUGGCAGCAGCCACUGCCAGCAAUGGCCCUGAGGAGUCAGAGAAUGAGGAGGAUGGCUACGAUGUCCCCAAGGCGCCGCUGCCCGUGGCCGUCGCUCGCCGCACGCUGUCUGAUAUCUCCAAUGCCACUCCUGCCUUCAGCCGAAUGUCCCUGGAAAGCGACCCUGUCACAGGUUUUUCCGACGGCUCCCAGGUCCCCGAGCGGCCGCCCAAGCCGCUGCCCCGGCGGAUAAACUCGGAGCGCAAAGCCGGCAGCUGCCAGGCAGGAGCAGCCAGCAGCGGGGCCAGCUCCUCCCUGCACCUCUCCAGCGAGAUCGAGAACCUCAUGAGCCAAGGCUACUCAUAUCAGGACAUUCAGAAAGCUCUGGUCAUUGCACAUAACAAUAUUGAGAUGGCCAAGAAUAUUCUGCGGGAGUUCGUGUCCAUCUCCUCCCCGGCGCACGUGGCCACAUAGCACACGGGCACCUCCACACCUGAGCUGCUGUGGACCAACUGCCUGGGCAGCUGCUGCCCAGCUGUGCACCAAAGGGGAAGGGGGUUCCUUUAGAGACUUCGUGCUGAGGUCAGUCCUGCCUCUCGAAGAGAAUCAGUUAUCAGGUUUUCGUGGUUCCAGAUUUCAAAGCGGUGCGAUGGAGCGGAGCGGUGUUUUAUACAGUGUAUGUCUUGGAGUCCUUUACCCCUACCUCUUGUCUGAGAGAACAGAUUUAUUUCCAGGGUGUUGCUAGAGAAAGGUAUUGUGACAAGGGAUCCCCGAGGCCAUGCCCUGGAGGCUGGGGGAGUUGUUUUGUGCUGUGAAUUUUAAGUGGAUGCUCAGAGAAACAAAGUCUUGAGGUCGGUGUGGUGUGUCCUGUGGUUCAUGGUACUAGGUUUGGAUCUGUUCGCUGCUGUGUGUCUGCCUCAGGCUUUUUAGAGAAGCUGGGAGGUCACUUUCUGCUGGGAAUUUAUAGGAGACCUUGGAAGGAUCCUUUGAUUGCUUCCUGUUGGCCGUGGUGUGUCCCUCUUGCCUGUAACAAUAGCAGUUAUUGCUUCUGACUCCAGUCCUCCCUUGCUGCCUGGAGAUAGCAGGAUGAAUUUCUGUCAGGGAUUUUGAUCCAGUUGAUUUCUCUCUUGUGUGUGUGCUCUUGCACUGGCAGCACCAGAUUCCAGCAGCUGGAGGAGCUUGGUGUGGUUUUGAGGGAUGGGAGAAGGGAGAAAGAAUUUGAGCAAGAGCAAAGAACUGGGGCUGCUGCUUCUCCUCUCUUAGCCUUGAGCAUUUUGUGCUUCAGUGCUCAAAUUUGAUUUGUGGCCCUGCUGGGCUGGAGCAGCCGUCGCUGGACACUCCCAUUGCUCUUCCCUAGGAAUGUUGCACCUGGUGAAUAGGAUGUUUUAUUUAUCUUCAUUGCAUGGUGGCUGUUGCAGACUAGUGGCCUUCACACACAUUCCUCCAGAGAGCUUUUGCAGGAGCCAUCGUCGUGCCGGGGUGUUUUGUGGAAUUGGUAGAUGCAGCUGAUGUGUUUGUUGGAAUUUCACCUGCUUUGCAGUCCCAGAAGUGCAGCAGUUCUCUGCAUGGCUGUCCAAACAACAUGGGGGCUCUCCUUUCCAUUUCCAUUUCUCUAAAGUAUUGCCAGGUCUGGUGUUAAAGCAGACCUGGGGAAGAAAUUCUGUAUUUGUGAAGUGAUCACAUGGUUUUAAAGGUCAGAACUCAGCUGUUGCAUUGGAAAAACCUGACUUGCCUACUCAGCUACUUAACUCUGUUCUUAUUAGAGGAGUGGAUGGUUCCUUUGGAGAAGAUUUAGAUCCAGGAGGCACGGACAGAUCACAGCCUGUCAGCCUGAGAGGCUCUUGGCCUUUGGAGCAUGUCCAGCAUUAUUUGCAUCUCCCUGAGGUCAGCAGAGGUCACUGGGCUAAGGGCUGCAGUGGAAUAUUGCUGGAGUGAUUCUGGCACUGGGGUGCACUCUGGCCUUUUGAGGAAUCCAGGGGCUGGGCCAGAUGGCUGCAGUGGCAGGGAGGCCUUCAUGAGUGGUGUUAGCAGAGCAGAAAGUGGAUUUUGAUUCAAGCUGAGGUUUCUCUCUAGACCUAAAGCUUUCUGAAUUGCUGCAGGGGCUUCCAGGCAGGCUGAGGUGUCUCUAUUCACUCCUCUCCUCUCUGUAGAGGAGAACACACUCAGACAGCGUGGGGAGAUCUCCUUCCAUGCUCCCUGUCCCCACCUUUGGCUGGUCUGGGCUCAGGGCUGGCACUGGGCAGGUCUGGCAUGGGCAGGGUGCCCUGAUGGCACAGCCCUGGGCUCAGUGCCUGGCAAAGGAAGGAGGGGAGGGAGAGCUGCUCUUGCUGCUGUGCCCCCAGUGCAGCUGCCAGGGCUGCCAGCCCUGCUCCCCCUGGGAUGGGGGAGCCUGUGCAGGGGCAAGGCCAGCGCUGGUGCUGCUGAGGCAGGAGAGGGGACAGCAGGGGACAGCCGUGGCUGUUGUGUCACACUGGGCAGCCUGAGCAGCCAGACAGUCCCUUGUCCUGCAGAUCCAGGUGCAAACCCUUUGGUGAGGGGUUUAUUUCUCUCUUUUCCGCACUCCCACUGGGCUCUGUGUGGGUUUGGAGCCGUUGGGUGUCUGUCCUGCUGUGUGAGCUCAGUGUGACUCCUGCCAUGGCUGAGCCAGGCUGACCCAGCCAGCUCCAAAGCCUUAACUCCUGUCCUGCCCAGUGUGUGUGGCACCAGCGAUUCCCUGUGCCCUCCAUGCCCCUCAGGGCAGGCUGGCUGUAAUUUCCAUGAAAUCCUGCUUGGCAGAGCUGAUCCAGGCCUGUCUUUGGGGUCUAUGUGCCAAGAGAUGUUCCUGUGGGUGUUGUUCUGGGUAUUAGAGAUUAGAGAGAGCAAUCUUUGUGGCAUGUAGCGCUGAUUUCUCUGCAUGUGUCCUUUCUGUGCACUUGUUUAUGUCUCAAACUGAUUUAAGAAACUUAAGUCUUGCCUUUUCUUCCUUAGACACGUUAAGAAUUUGCUGAUUCCACUGAGGGCAGCAGAGUCCUGGCCAUGUCUUGUGGCUGUGCUCUGCCAGCUCGAUCCAGGCACUGCCCAGUGGAUUUCUCUUGUUCUUUCUAAGCCCAAGAUUGAUUGCUCUUCUUUCCUUUCACCUCCCCAUUCUUUUUUCUUAAGAAAAUUACCUUUCUGAUGCUACUUUAAAAAGGAAAACCAACCCAAAUGUCUAGUGCCUUUCUUAAGGGGAUGCUGCGUGGCCAGGCUGGAUCUGAGGAUCCACCCCUGUGGGGAAACGAGCAGAGCUGGACAAGCAGCACCAAACUGCUUUGGGAAGGGUGCAGAGAGGAGCAGGAGAGAUGGGCAAUGCUCACUUGGACUCUGACACUGUGUUUUGUAGCAUUUCAGCCGUGGAGCUUCCGUGUCUGGACUGGAGCUUGGGGCCAGGUCAGGAUUGUGGGGUGGGGGAAAAAAUGCUGGGGGUGUCCUGCAGCUGUCCCUAAAAGGAGUGGGGAACAUUCCCCUUUAAAGGAGUGGGGAACACUCCCAAGAGUGGGGAACACUCCCAAAAAGAGUGGGGAACUCUCCCAGAAGAGUGGGGAACACUCUCAAAGGAGUGGGGAACACUUCCAACAGGAUUGGGUACCACUCUCAAAGGAGUGGAGAUCUCUCCCAAAGGAGUGGGAAACACUCUCAAAAAGAGUGGGGAACAUUCCCAAAAAGAAUGGGGAACACUCCCAAAAGGAGGGGGAAACGCUCUCAAAAAGAGUGGGAAACACUCCCAAAAGAGUGGGGAACACUCCCAAAUGAAUGAACUCUCCCAAAAGAGUGGGGAACUCUCCCAAAGGAGUGAGGAACACUCUCAAAAAGAGUGAGGAACACUCUCAAAGGAGUGCAGAACUCUCCCAAAAGGAGCAGAGAACACUCCCAACAGGAUGGGAACACUCCCAUAAAGAGUGGGGACACUCCCAGCAGCAGCUGUGGGAAGCAGGAGGUGCCCCCUGAGCAGUUCCCAGGUGAUUUCCUGUGUCCAGAGCCCAUCAGGAAUCCCAAAUUUUCCCCUUUUUUGUGCAUGUCCUUACCCCCAGCCCUCCCAGGGCCCAGCAUGUGGCUCCUGCACCAGACUGGUGACAUUUCUGGAGCUCAUCCUGAGGCAGGCUCCUUGCUGUAAAUGUGGUUUGAUUGAUUGGUUUGUUGGGGUUUUUGUUCGUUUUAUUUUUAUUUUUUUUUCAGUUGAGCAAGAAAAAAUGCAACUCCCAGGGCACCUUCUCAGAGGUGCCACUUUAAAGAUUAGUGGGGAAUAAGGACAUUUUAUUUUUAAAGUUCCUCCUAGAAAUCUUUUUUGUUUGAAAUUCCCAGUGGAGGAAGAACUGCUGUUACUGUUGUUCUUCCUCAUGGAUGACAAAUACCAAUUUGUAAAAUAUCAGUGUUAAAAAAUGUUGAGAUUUUCACGAGAUAUUUUAAAAAAAAAAAGUAUAAUAGUGUCAUUAAUAUAAAAUUAUAAUAGCAGUAUUUAAUCCUUUCAGAUCUGUAAAGAAUAAGGAAAAACAGAAGGUAAAUAUUCUUACAGAGAGUAGCUGAGCUUUAAGGUUCACUUGGUUUAAAGUCCUCAUUUUGUUUGCAGAUGCAUUGUUAAUGUUUAGAGGUUAUACUAAUGUUAUUUAUUAAUUGUUUCCAUCCUUGUAUGCUGCCCACUAAGAGCUUCUUUGUUUGGGAUUUCAUUCACCUGUGUCAGUAAGAAAGAAAACAAAACAAAGUUUUAUUUUUAAAUAAAAUUUCCUUUGUUGUAGCAGA